AUGGAGUCUCCAUGUGAAGAGCAACAACAUUCCCCCAAGCAUUUCCUUAUGGGUCUACCCACAGAGCUUCAUUUUCAAAUAUCUUCGUAUCUUUCUUAUCCUGACGCGCUGGCCCUGAAACACACUUCUCGUCAUUUCUACUCUAUGGUCUAUACCGGCGUGCAUCUGAAGGUCGACUGGCUGGUUCAGCGAUUUGAACAUAAGCUGGAAUGUCCCUUGGAGAAGUGCUCCUUUCGGACAGACGAGGCAUUCUGCAACCGAAGAAUCCGGAGGAUCAUGGAACGCAGACGACGCCAUUGGGAAUGCCCUCGGCGAAGAGGCGGCUGCCUGGUCAUUGAGGGCAGGACGUGCCAGAAGGAUCUUGUUCCCAUCUGGCUGAAGAAGGAAGAUCGUGUGAAGCUCCUCAAAUAUGUGGGAUAUGAAGGACUUGUUCAUGGGCUGAUAUCUCUUUGCAUCAACCUAUUAUGGAAUCUCAUUAUGGUUUAUUCAUUGACGGACUACCGGACGACAUCAUGA